AUGACUUCAUUCAUUCCGCCCGUAAAAUCCUUGAGAGAGAAGGCUUUUGAGAUCAACACAGUGGAACCCAACAAGGCUGCAAUUUAUACAGACGAUGAUUUUGAUCCAAUGACCAAGCCGAAGAGAAAUUCAUGGCUUGCCGAACACAAGGAAUAUGGACAAAGUUUUAACGCGUACAAGAAUACUUCUUUCAAUCGGAUCAAAAAAUCAAAACAGAAUGUGAUUUACAUCUGCCCUCUUGAGCAAUUCUCAGAAGAGAAUCCAACAAAAUGUCCUUCACUUACAGUUUUGAUCAAGUUUUUACAAGCUUUUUAUAGUGGUGUUGAGGUUAAAGUAUUAAACUCAACUUCUACAAGCUCCAAACCUCAAUUCACCUCCAGAAUGAAUGACUCUGUGCUGCAGUACAAAACCGGAGAUAUUUUAAAUUAUUUGAAAAAGAUCAUUCCCAAAGAUGCUUAUUGUGUGUUAGGCCUGACCAUGGUCGAUCUAUACCCUGACGAUUCGUGGAACUUUGUGUUUGGAAUUGCUAGUCUUGAGAAUAGGGUUGGAGUAUUCAGUUUUGCGAGAUACCAUCCAUCGUUUUAUGGUGAUCAUAAUCUUUCUUCGUUUGAGAUUGAAAAACUUCUUUUGAGGAGAAGUUGCAAAGUUGCCUCUCAUGAAAUUGGUCACAUGUUUGGAAUCAAGCAUUGCAUUUUCUAUCAAUGUGCAAUGAAUGGUUCGAACCAUAUGGAUGAAUCAGAUUCGAGACCUAUUGAGCUCUGCCCAGUAGACCUUCGCAAAUUGCAGUACUGCAUUGGUUUUGACGAGUUGGAGCGAUACAACAACAUGUUGAACUUUUUCAAAGAGCAUGCUGAUAUCUUUCCCGACCAAAUUUCUUGGUUUGAAAAACGUCUCGAGAAGAUUAGAGCUCGAAAACAACAGCAGUAA